UCGUUCGGGCGACGAAACCUUCUGGACAUCUUUAGUGCGGUGGCAGGCGCCGCCUCCACUGGUCUCUGUGGGACGUCACCGGUAAGGUGAAUGGCGUCUGCCGCAGUGCUCUUUAAAGUGGCUGGGGCAAAAUUCGUAUGUUCGCGCGGGCAGGCAGACAUCGCCCCUGCAACGCCCCAGCGAUUUGCUUUCGGGACACUUCGUCCAUCUCUGUAUGAGGGAUUGAGGCUGGGCCGUUUUCAUACCGACUACAGGGUGGGGUCAGGAUUGAGGCGCUUCUUGCCAAGGGCAGAGAUUCCCCAGGAGGGAGCAGAGUCUCCCGGAAGUUCCAACUUGGUUGACAGCGUGCCUCAGGCUGAACAGGUCAAGGAUGAGGCACAGGCUCUCAAGUCGAGCAUCAAGCGUGUGGAGAAGGAGAUUGACGAUGUGGAGAACCAGAUUAAGAUUGCUGCGGCUGCAGGCAAGAACACAGAUUUCUUGCAGCAGAAGGAGGUCGCGCUGCGGCAGAAGGAGGCCGCGCUGGAGCAGCGACUGACCGCGCUCGCACAGGCGGAGGUGGAAAAAUUGAAGCUGCAGCAGACACCAGCGGCGGGGGUUCCAGACCCUGCAGUCUUGGAGAGGCUCCAGAAGUACGCUGAGCUCAUUGCGCAUGCGGACACCGCCAGUGGAGUCAUUCAGAUUCCGCCCGAGCUUAGGGAAGGACUGCCACCAGGCCUAAAGGACAGCAUUCUAAUUCGGGAGUGCUACUGCAUGGUGCUGAAGAAGCUCGAGGCUCUUGGGGACGACUUUGCGGUUGUCCUGAGUGGCACCCCGGGCAUCGGAAAGUCUGCCAUUGCUGUCCUCCUACUGCACCACCUGGCAGAGCAGGGGGCACAGGUGGCCUACAGGUACAUGGACACCAUCAACAAGGACACCAUAAUCUUCUUCGAUUUCUCCAAUCCGUCUGCGAUCGACGUCAAACAGGCCUCGGAAGGCGAUGCUGACUGGCGAUCCCUUCGAGCUCUCUGCAAGCGCUCUUCUGUCUGGCUAGUACAAGAUGGACGAGCUCCCCGCGAGACGCAGUUCCCGGGUGAAGGCCGCUGGGUGGUGCUGUGCUCGCCAAAUGCAGACAAUUAUGCGGAGUUCGUCAAGGGGAAGCACGCUGAAGUCUGGUGGCUCCCUGUGUGGACGCUAGAUGAGUUGCUGGACUGCCGGCAGCGCCUCUACCCUCACGUGUCGCAAAAGCAGACGGAGGAUCGGUUCGAGCAGUUUGGCGGGGUCGUCAGGAGCGUCUUGGCGGACCCCGGCCGAUCGUUUGAGCGUCUUGCGAGGUCGCUCUCAGCUUUGGAGGCGGUGAACCUGUAUCGCCUUGGCGCAGCAGCUUUGAAGAGCGCCAUGAGGCACGCAUUUGCGCACAUUGAAGCGACGAAAGAUCUGGAGUUUGACGGGUUUCGUCUCGGUUCGCCGCGCAUCGGGGACCUCGUCUUUCAAAGAGCCAAGGACGGCCGAUGGCAGGACCUAGUGGACCUACUGCACGCGGCUGCCAGCAAUUCUAGGGUCGGCGAGAUGUCAGGGUCCUCGUUGGAGGCGUACGGGCAUGUGAGGUGCGUCCUGGGCGUAGACCUGGACGACGACGACAUCAAGGAGGUGUUUCGAAAGCGACGCGGCCGGCCUCGGAAGCAGGAGGGAACGAAGGAGGGAGCGAGAGAGGGCGGGGAGGUGUCCGCGAAUGACUCGGGUCAGUCGAGAAAGCGGGAGGAAGCGGUUGAAGAGAUCAAAGAGGCGUUCUGGAGCUGCAAGGAUUUUGUGUCCGACAGCAAGGAGGAGGGAAUGAAUCUGGCGGAUCUGAAGCACACGUACCUCCGGCCAACCACAAGAGAUCAAGAGUCGUGGGAUGGGCUACUUUGCCCCGGUGGCGAUUGGAUCUAUGCUGUCCAGUUCACGCGCAACCCCGGGCAUGGGAUCAGCGCGCAAGGGAUUUCGGACCUUCUGAACCGCAUCGGAAGAAAGCAGCUUCGAGUAGUCCUUGCGGUUCCAGGAGAGAAGUUUGAUAACUAUGGUUGGCAGCCGUGGACCGGUCCCAAGAGAAAAGGUGUGGAUGGGGAGAUGGUCAUGACAAAAGGCGCUCUUCCAGAGAACGAGGUCCCUCCCAAGCUGAAGAGCAUCAAACAAUGGGUGGUUCGUCUGAAGCUGCCUGAAGCGGGGGACGAUGUUCCGCGCAUCCCCGAAAAUAUGUUAGUGUUGCCUGACAAAGAAUUGUCCGAUGAUGACUUGUCUGACGACUUGUCCAGAUAGAAGUAGAUUGUGCAACGUGUCCAGAUAAAAGUAAAUCGUGCAAGAGACGUGGCAGAAUGUUAGUCAGAUGUGGAGAACCGACGCCUCAGCAAGAGCUCAAGCUUGUGUAGCUCAAUGUCUUUCCUCUCUUGCUCUUUCAACAAGGUUAAUGUCUCUAGACAUCGGCCAUGCUGAAUUGCAGAGAACCAAGUCUCUGGUGUAAGCAUGUCUUGAUGGUACAUAAACAUACCCAAUUGCCCGAGUGAAGCCCGGGAUUCGCAGCAUACAGUCGUGUGCUUUCCCAUGAAGACUUUCCGC